ACAAAAACAAAGCCCAAACCUUGGGCAAGCAAGUUCUGAAAGGAUUAGCAGUUCAGAAGUCAGAAGUUGGGUUUUUUCUUCCGCUUCUCCAUAUAUGACACAAUUUGAAUGCAUUGCUUCUCAUAUGAUUGUGUUUAUUUGAGUUGAGGUGCCUUUGUCUCUGUUUGUAGAAGAUGGGUGUUUUCUGGAUGCUGGCUGUUAUGAAGGUGCUAUUUUGAUCGAAUCUGAAUUAUAAAUUCAUCACCAAUGGGUUACAGAUGCAUUCAGUGUUGGUGUCCUGUCAAAACACUUUACGUGCAGUAUUCUCCUGGCAACAUUCGCUUGAUGAAAUGUGAGAAUUGCAAGGCUGUUGCAGACGAAUACAUAGAAUGUGAAAUCAUGAUACUUGUAAUAGAUUUGAUACUUCACAAGCCCAAGGCCUAUAGACAUCUCCUCCACAAUGUCAUCAAUCAAGAAACAAUGAAGUUUCAUGGACUACUCUGGAAAUUGGCUGUCAUUUUUCUUCUUUUUGAAUCUUACAGAUGUUUGAUCUUGGAAAGCAGCAAGGGAAAAUUGGGUUCCUCUAAUAGCGUCUCUUCAUUAGUAUCAAUAUGCUGGAAGGUGCUGAUGGAUGUUAUAAUUGGGAAUUUGAUGUUUCUUUUAACUUUCUUCUUUAUGGUUAAGAUGUUUUUCCAUGUAUCGAUCACCAUCUCCAGGUGCAUUGACCUUUUGCUUACACUCAUGAUUUCAAGUUACUUCAAGAUUUUUCUUAUUGCCAUGAUGGUCUGGGACUUUCCAUCUUCUGUGAUCUUCAUCAUUGAAUUAUUUUGUUUAUCAUCUAAUGCUGCGGCAUUGAAAGUGAUGACUGAGUCAACUAUGCGUCGAUGUGUUUGGACCUGCUUCAGUGCAUAUGCUAUAAAAUUUAUUGUCACUCGAAUACUGGAGCUCAUAUUGUUGGGGCAAUUAAUGCAAGGCUGGAGUCAAAUGCCAUUCACAUUCUCUAAAGCCACCAUGAUUUAGUUUAGCAUUCUCAUGCUAAUGUAUUAGAAUUUAGAAGCAGAAUUUCGUGGCAAGUGUUUCUGAACUGUAUAUAUGCUCAUUGACAUUUUUUAAAUUUCUUUAAUUUAAUUUGAUGCUUGAACUCUUCUAGCGUGCUCGUGGAACCUGCUGCGAUGCUGCUUAAUUCAUUUCUUGACACCUUUUUUGCCAUUAUGUACCCAUCGGAAAACAUUUAGAAGUAUCUGAUAAACAAGUUGUUCCUAUUAA